UAUGGCCGAAGUUUAGUUGCGACUGUGAGGUUGGCUCUGAAAAAUGUCAUGAAAUGGAUACAAAUAGUUCGGAUCAGAGUCCACCGCUUAGUGAACACGCUGGGUCGUCAUGGUUACCCGUCUGGGAACACGAAUCAUCGUCACUUUCUGCUCUGAAUCUAGGAAGCAGCAGCAGCGGAUUAAAUGGCCUUGUCGAAGAUAAAGAAAUUGCUGCUAAGGCUGUGGCAUUCGUCGUCAAUAGCACGCGGAAAGGAAUCGUGCCGCUCUGUGCAGAUGUCGCCACUAUAUUCAGAAUACGAAGAUCCUUGGAACACAAGGUAUCUGACUUGCAACGUGAGAAUGACAUCCUACGUUCGCAGACCAACAGUAUCCGGACGAGUCAAUCGACGAGCCCGGCACCGCCAUCACUCGUCAACUCACAACAAUCUCACUCCAACUCGGCGGUCAACCGCAGCAGCCAAACACAUGAUAAGGAUGGAUCCCGGCCCUGUUCACGGUGCAGUAGGUGUUCCAGUAUCGUCUGUUCGUCCCCUAAACCGGACAAAACCAAUCACAUCGUUCACCCGACGAACAGUUCAAUAGAAAGUUUACAUAUCUCAAACGUGCAUCCCCCAAACGGAAUAACAACUCGUGCGCUGGUGCAUCACCAAAGUGAUGAAUCUAUGAACAGUCAUGUGACAUUGACGCGAGAGCGGAAAAAUUCUCUGCCGGAAAUGACGAGCGAACCUAACAAGGAAGUGCCAAAAAUAAGUCCUGUAGCCCAGGUUUGCAAGGAAGUGCAAUGUGUGAUAAUUCCGUCGCAAACGGAUGUAAAACUCGAGGAGCAGUUUCGUGAAACUGUAAAACUGAACUCGAAGUUAGCGGAAGAACUUGGGGCCGCCAGGAAGGAGAUUGAAAUAUUAAAAGGACGAUUAAAAGAAUUUGAGAUGAACAAUCUUGCUCGUCACUAUAGCGACCAGUUACAUUACGAAGAUGAAUGUAUGAGUAGUGACACCAGUCUGACGAAUGGACACACAGACAUGGACGUCAACGCCGCCAUCUUGCCUAUAAUCCAAAAUUCAAAACACAAACACCAUCGGUCUUCAAAUAGCAGCAGCUCAGAGAGCGUCCCCGGGAAAUCCAAACACGGGAAGAAGUCCUCUCCAUCCUCGAGUAUUGUCUUCCCGAGUCCUAUCCCGGGAUGCAAGUGUUCCAGCUGUGAAACGUUGCUGGGCAGCGGCGGGACGAAAGUAAAAAACGGUUUUGCGGACAAUAAAAAGUUUCAUAUUAACGGUGGGAAACAUUAUGUGAAUUUAGAUGACCACGUUGUCGUAAAAGGUGAACGGGCAGGCUACAUCCGGUACAUCGGUCAUCUUGACAUCAAAAUUGGACAGCCGAAUAUGGUGUUUGUUGGCGUCGAAUUAGAUGCACCUGUUGGCAGGCACGAUGGGUUUUUCAACGGGAAGCGUUAUUUUUAUUGUCACAAAGACCACGGUGUCUUCCUGCCGCUACAGGAUGUUGUCUGCAUUAUUACAAAAAAGAUUGCUAAAAAGCUCCAAAAUUAUGUCACGCACACCGAGGUGCGGCGGAGGCCUUCAUCUGAAUCUGAGAGGGCGCCACCGACAAAAUCAUCCCCGAAACGGGAUAAAACUGACAAAUCUGGUAAAGCUGAACAACGGCUUUUUGCACCAGAUGCACUAACGGGCAAAUCAAUUAGGGAAACCAUUAUGUCUAGUACAGAAUACGUCGACGUAUGACACGAACCUUGCAAGAUGGAGAAACGUUGGAGCCACGUUCUGGUCAAGGAAAUGCAAAAUAGUCUUCCCACAAUGCACUUGAGACGUCUAGGCACCGCUAGAAAACUAAUAACGGCCACAAACAAUGCUAAGACUAAUCUGCCGUCGAAAUUUGUGAUGCAUGGCUGCAGCAACUGACACUUCACUUUGCGGAGUGUUUUGCCAUGCCACCUAGUGUAGGAGUAACACACUAAUUUGUGCCUUCGGAAACUGCCAUCAACAGCUGCGAUUCAUUGAAGGAAGAUUGACUUCUUUAGUUUUAGAGUAUUCUGCUAGGUGGCACCAUUUUCAUAGUUUCAUUGAGGAUUCACUCUUCAAAAUGCCAUCAUUGACCUUGACCUUAGGUUUCCAUUGAGUGACCUUGACCUUUGAGUGUCCUGCGACCUUGAAUUUUGACACGGUGUGCUGAUAUGUUCCGAUGAUUGACAAUUGACAAUAUACAAUUGACUUUUCACUUUUGUGAGAAAUGUGUAAAUAGGAAAAAACUAUGUUUAUAAUUCUUGCCAAAAAGCCAAUGAUUACAUACUGCUGGACUAACAGGUUGGAUAACUAUUGUUACCGUAGUGAUUACCUUUGACCUAGAAUGGCCAAAAGGUGAAUUAUUCAUUCACAACUGAUGUUAUAAUGGUGCCGACAUACUGCAUAAUGAAGUAGUUAACAAAUUAUAUAUUUUACGCUGGACAUAUGACGGAUUGACCAAAUUCACUUGUUGUAAAUAGCGUCGUCUGUAAGAGUGACUUUCUGGUCGUGAAAUUUGUCAGUGCGUUUCAUAUUAUUCAGACGUAAAUCCUUCUUUCUGUACAAAGUCUGAUCAUUUUGGGAUAACAAGAUUUAGGUGAUUGAUUAUAAACCAUGGCUUCCUGUAGAUCAGGGUCAGAAGGCCCGGCAGUGAUGUCAUUCUGGUAGCCAUUUUGGGUGUCAGUUCAUGUCCUUGACCUUUCAGAAGUGUGCACCAUGUGUGGGUAAUGUCCCAAUGGACAUCCCCACACCAUUACCAAAGCCAUUGUUGACCAACUACAAUUAGCACCACGUUGGUCAAGGACGUCAAUUUGACAUCGAAAAUGGCAUCUUUUUGUGAUGAAAUCAUCGACACACCUCUUAGAGAGCACCAAUGCAAGACUUCUUCUUUCCUUUCGUUCAACAGAUUCCGAUCAGCGAUGGAUCUCGACUUCAAACUUGGCACCUCGGAUUGGUGGCAGCUAUCCGAAGUUGAAAUGACACAUUAUUAGUGUUGCCAUAGCAACUAGUUCCAUGACAACCACGGUUUCCUUAGCAACUGCAGGGUUUGGGACCCUGAACGAUACACUUUCACUAGUUACAAUGUCGCAGCAAAUUCAUCACUAGUUACGAAGCCACUACUUAGUGAAGUAGAUGUUAUGGAUGAUUAUUGAAAUAUUUUGAAAGGAAAUGUAUUAGCAGUUUAGCUAGUUGUUUGCAAUGUGUUUAUGUUUUAUUCAAAGUGUGUACAUUCAGUGUAGAUAAGUUGCUGCCUUUAUGUAAAAUAUUGAGCCAAAUUUAAGAACAAGGUUAUUAUUCAGUCCUGUAGUCGAAACCAGGACCAUGCAGACAUUAUUUCAUUAACCACCUCUUGCCAAAGAUACAUAUAUAGGUAUGCCUAUACGCAUAUGCACAACAACAAGCGUUUAAAUGCUGUUAAAGGGACAAUAUAGGCAGGAGCUAGGCAGGCAAGAUAAAGUUACACGAAGUCACCAAUAGGGGUCUCUAACAUCUCACAGUACGCCAGAAUGAUUCAUGCUUGCACAAGGAAUAUAUUUAGUGCUGAAUCUGACAUGACCCAGGGCCCUUACUGUGUAUGUUAGUCACCUGAAGAUGGCCAAAGUAGCCCCUCUUGUCCUGCCUAUAGCUCCCCUUCAAAUGGUUUAAAUUUAUUUUUAUUAUAUCGACGUGUUUUGGCAUAUCAGCCAAAACUACAUUUCCUAAUAUUUAAUGCAUGCGAAUUAGUCAGAUUAGGCAAAAGGUAUUAUUCCAGUUUUAUUUUUUACUUGCUCCUGCGUAAUCAGAGUUUGAAAAUUUUGAUUGCAACUCCUGCCGCUUGCCAUGAUAGGCAGAAGUUAUAACCAAUGGGGAUAUUAUUUUACGUCUUCAUGCUUCGAUGAAUUUAUACAGUUAUACUAUAUUGCGUCUUCAUGCUUCAAUGAAGUUAUACAGUUAUGCUAUAUUGCCAAAAACAUGUACAUUUCUGACAAAAAUUUCUCUUGAGAGGAACACAGCCAAAUACAUUUAUAUCAUUUGAUGACACUUUUGUUCAAGUCGGAAAGGUUUAAUGGAGACCGACAAUUUUUCACGCUUUUGUUAUCAUUGUUCACCAAAAAUUGCGAAACAUUUAAAAAAUUCAUAGAUUCAGAAAUUCCUUUCGUUUUUCUAAUCACGAUUAGAAGUAUUUCUGCAAAUGGCGGUUAUUGGCAAUGUAAAAUCAUGCUAAAAGGACCUUAUUACCAGAUGAACACAAUAUUAUUUCUUUUAAAGACUCCAACAACACAUUCUCUGAACUUUGAUGAAUAACUUCAUGGCCACCUCGGCAAGCAGGAAGGCCUGCCUGAUUCUCAGCAAUCUGGGGAAUUAGAUUCUCCGGGGUGAUCUCGCGAUUAAAACCAGUCUGUAUCCUGUGAUUGAAAUGGGUUCAUUUAUUGUUGUAGGGGAAGCAGGUUAUGAGGGUAAGAAUCUCAUUUUUAUCGGCAAGUAUUAUAGCCAUUUCGACAAAUUCUCUUCAGGAUUCUAAAAACGUUAAUUUCUUGUUAAAAUAUUGACUCUUUCUUUCACUGUGCUGUGUACAUGCUUAUUUUGUCGCUGUAUUUUCGAUGCUUCAUUUUAUUUUCGGUCAUUCCAAAAAAAAAUAAAAUUGUGAGUUUGAGGUUUUCAGUUACCAUAAAGUCGGGUGAAUUGGCCCUGGGGGAGGAAUUGACCCCCAAAAAUCUUAUUUGGGCCUGACUAUGAUGACGUUAAGCCACUGAGUUAUCUUUAAACAUAUAGUGACCGCAAUGCAGACAAGAUUAUUUCUAAUCACCUUCAGGACGCAUGUAAACACUGAACGUGAACGCAUCAUACCAUUAACGAGUAGUUGCAUGAGUGCCAGCUGUCAAAUGUUUGUAUGAAGUUUUACGAUUCUUUUGAGUAACUGAAAUAAUACUUGAGUAAGUCUAGGGCUUUGCACCAGUCCCAGGGUUGACAGAAGUUCAAACGAAAUUUCCAGACAUUGUAUACCUGGUAACGCAUCCCCGUGAAUAGUAUAUCUUGGUUACUGCUCUGUUACUUUGGUUACUUAUCAAUGCGCAUGUGUAUACCAAUACAAAAAACUGGAAACAUUAUUCCAACUUAUGCGACAUGGUGUUGAUUCUAAGUCUCCAAGGGAGUUUUGUUUUAGUGUAAAAAUGUUUGCAUAUUCGUAUAUGCUAAUUUGCGUGCUUAUUCAUGCAAUCCAUGGUAACUUAUCUGGUGAUGUCACUAUAUAUGUGUACAUUUUCCCGUGAUGUCAUCAGUAUUUGUGUUCCUAAUUUGCAUAUUAAUUUGCUUAUGUGCUAAACGUUUGUUUGACGUAUGUUUACCAGAAACCAGUGUAUGAAUAUUUACAACGACCGAUCAUAAAUCAUAUAAUGGGUUCUUGGUGAACAUAAUUUCGAACCAUCAGUCAUUUUGUAAAAUAUUGCAUGUCAUAUAGUCCCCAGGGUUUGUUGCGAUUUAGAUUGCACCAUUGGGGUACGAGGUUGAAUAUAUGUAAAUAUGACAGAUAGUGUAAUUCCACAUGUAUGUAUUAUGAAAUAACUGGUGAAUAGCCAUGGAUAAAAUAAGCGUUAAAAUAUCCGUGAGUAACUGGUAAAAUAGCCAUGGAAUAGGUGUUUAAAAAAGUGGUAGAAUGACCCGAGAGGACUACCGGUAAAUAGCCUUGGAACGGCCUGUGAAAUAACACACCAUGGAAUAACUGGCGAAAAGAGUCAAAUAACCAAGAAUUACCAUUGGAAUGUCUGGUGAAGUAACCACCAUGCAUUAACCAGUGAUACAUGUACAUUUAUGCAUGGAUACAUGGAUACAUGUACAUGUAUGCAUGGAUACAUGGAUACAUGUACAUGUAUACGUGUAUACAUGUGCAUAUACACAUGUACACAUGUUACCAUGUACUAAAAACAGUAAAAUAACCAAGAAUUGCCAUUGGAAUAUCUGGUGAAGUAACCACCAUGCAAUAACCAGUGAUACAUGUACAUGUGUACAUGGAUACAUGGAUACAUGUACAUGUAUACAUGGAUUCAUGUACAUGUAUACAUGAAUACAUGUUACCAUGGACUGAAAACAGUAAAAUAACCAAGAAUUGCCAUUGGAAUAUGAAGUAACCACCAUGCAAUAACCAGUCAUACAUGUACAUGUAUACAUGUAUACAUGUUACCAUGGACCAUGGACUAGAAAAAGUAAAAUAACCAAGAAUUGCCAUUGGAAUAUCUGGUGAAGUAAUCAUGGAAUAAACAGUCAAAUAAUUAUUGAAUGAGCAAUGACUAGUCCACUAGAGGCAUAGCCAGUGGGGUGGGAGGGGGCAACAUGGGGGCAGAUGCACCUAAUACAAGUCACUUUAAAAUUUGUUUUGAGGGGAGUGGUUUUGACUGUAAUUUUGUAUGUGAUGUUGGAUCAAAAUUUCAAAACAUGUCAUUUUGCUCCCCCCUUCCGACCAAAAAGCUAGCUACAUGUAUGCCCCUGUAAACCAUAGAAUAAUUCAAGGCUUAAUGCCCUGUAGCAAACCAUGACUGAACUGCUGCGAUGUUAAAGGGAACUGGAACCGCCGAGCGAUUUAUUCAACUUUUCGACUUUCACCGCCCGAGAAAGUCAAACUUCCAACUUCCUAUUCGAGUUCAGAUUUGUAGCUCCGCCCCCAGUGCACGAGCAUGCGCAGUUCAAUUUGUUAUUAUUGAGAAUCAUGUGAGAAUCACGUGAGUCAUGCGAUCUUUCAUUCAUGAGUUUUCGUAGUAAAUUCCAUAGUAGUGACCUCACUCAAUGAUUGACACCUAGGCGCCAUGUUUCAUUCAUGCCUCGUUCUGAUCACCCGGUACGCGGGAAAUGAAAACGAGGUCAUACGAACUGGCUUGGCGGUUUCAGUUCCCUUUAAAGUUGAUUUCCGAUACAUGUUUUUCUUAAAGGAGGGGUGACUAGGUAAUGCCGGGCAGACACUAGGGCUGUUCUUGGCUGUAUCAAAAAGUGAAGGCCUACACAAUGAAUUAACAAGCUGUAUGUGCCCUUUUUCAGAUGAAUAUCUAUAGCACCUUGACAGCAUUAUCCUGAUACACUCCUUCUUUAUGGUUCUAAUUACUUAAAAGGUAAAGGAAAUUGUGCGACCAUGUUUUACAAAAAUGCCAACUCGGUAAGUUCCAUGACAACCUGUAGUGUCAGCUAAGUUUCUUGCCCAUUUUGUGAUGCUGUGGUAUCAUUGCUAUGGCAGUGUUGUGUUUAGAUGUCACCAUAGCAACCAUAGAUGUAUUACCAUGACAACUAUAGGUUUGUAUUGUUUUGUUUAUUUUUCUGUUGGUGGUGGUGAGUAAAAUAGGGAAAAGCAGUUUUAGGUGGCUGCAAUGAGGAAGUGGCUGAGCAAAUCCGCUUGGAUGCCCAGGGUACUUUUUCAGGGCUGAUUACCUGAUACCUUUUAUCAAGAAUGAAUUAAGACUACACUUUAGUAUCUUAUACACCCUAUAAGAUUGAAAUUUUCAAUGAAAUGUAGACUCUCAAUGGCAUUAUAUGUGUCCUUGCAGAUAUUUCAUCACAGACCAGUUUUGUUGGUGAAUAUUUUGGUAUUUUUUGUAACAAUUGUUCUGAGUGUUGAGAUCAUGCUGAAUCCAUUAUUUGACCUUGACCUUUUGAUUAUAGCAAGGUGACUCAUGACCUUGACAAUUUCGUAUGUUGUCAUGCUGAUGCAGAAUAACCUUGGCCAACUGUAACCAAGGCGAUUCCUAAUGACCUUGAAGUUUUAUGUGUUGUCAUGCUUAUGCAGAAUAACCUUGACCUUUUAACUGCAGUCAAUGGUAUUGUUAAUGACCUUGACAUGUUGUGUGUUGUCAGGGUGAUUCAGAAUGACCUUGAACUACAUCAAUGUUUGUAAAAGUGCUGGCUUAUAGUAAUGGGUUUCUAAUACUCCAAGCAAUAAAGUUUAUCAUAUUUAAA